ACUCUGCUUCUUUAUCACGCCCCACCUCCCCUUCCCUCUCCGAGGCCAGCAAACAAAAAGAGCUCCUUUCCUCCUCGCCCUUCACCUGCCUCCUUCCCUCCCAAUGCCGCCGCCCAAGCUCCAAGCGCGCGACUACAUCGGCCUCGGCCCCGCCGCGCCCUCCGCUUCCUCCUGCUCCUCCUCCGCCUCGGGCGACGCCGGCCCGCACCUCGCCCUCCGCCUCGGCCUGCCCGGCCGCGACCACCCGGAGGCCGCCGUCGACGCCGCGCUCACGCUAGGGCCGGCUCCAGCUACUGCUCCCGUCCCUCACAGGGGCGGCGCCAAGCGCGGGUUCGCCGACUCGCUCGACCGCUCCCCUGCCGCUGCUGCCGGGGCUGCCGGGGAGGAAGACAAGCACAAGGGCGAAGCCGCCGCCGCCGGAGCCGGAGCUCCUCCAGCCGCCAAGGCACAAGUUGUUGGAUGGCCGCCUGUUCGGAGCUACCGUAAGAACACGCUAGCCGCCAAUGCCACAAAGACCAAGGCGGAGAACAAAGGUAGAAGCGAGGCAGGGUGCUGCUAUGUCAAGGUCAGCAUGGAUGGAGCCCCGUACCUAAGGAAAGUCGAUCUUAAGACUUACUCCAGCUAUGACAACCUUUCCCUGGAGCUGGAGAAGAUGUUCAGCUGCUUCAUCACUGGCAAAAGUAGUUCCUGCAAAACUUCGACGAGAGACAGGCUCACUGAUGGUUCUAGGGCUGAUGCUCUUCAGGACCAAGAGUAUGUACUUACCUAUGAAGACAAGGAUGCUGACUGGAUGCUUGUUGGUGAUCUUCCUUGGGACUUGUUUACCACUACUUGUCGGAAACUGAGAAUCAUGAGAGGCUCUGAUGCUGCUGGAAUGGCCCCAAGAUAGCUGGAACCGACCGGCCAGAACAAACAGGAGGCGUCCGUCCGUCCUGGUCUCUCCUCCUCCUGAAGUCUUCUGUCUGAAUCACGCAAGUGUGGAAUUUUGAGUUAACGCUGCAAGGCGCCGCUGAAGGGUGCGAAGGUUGUCUCAACUCUCUGAAAGUGUCUGCGCUGCUGCUAGUUUAUCUGUCUACGUGUGUAGUGGAAUAUGUGCGUCCUACUGUAAAACAAUCCGUUUUUGGCCUCGCCGUUGUAGAUGGUCCCUUUUGGUUCAUGAAAGAUCGCCGCCUGUAUGAUGAUGCUUUCGCCUAUGCUCUUACAUAUAUAUUUGAAGUCAAGUCGUAUUUUAUGAAAAUUGGCGCAAAUGGAUCCAUCUUGUGC